UAGUCACCUAAUCAAGUAAUGAGACAAUUACAAUAAUAAAAACACAAUACAAUAUUUUGAAUUUUGUUCAUAAAAUUAUUGUUGCUAUUUGCUAUGUUAUGAAAAUUAUUGAGAAAAAUUUCAUCCACUUAUUUUAAAUCUAUAAAUACAGACUUUAAAUGUCUGUUUCGUUGUGCGUACUGCGAGUUGAAGUUGACGAAGAUAUUGGAGAUAUGGGUGAUAGUUCAGACUUUGAAUCUUCUAAAGAGCAGAAAAAAAGGGACCGUGGAGCUCGGGAAUCUAAAACAAUAACCGUGGAAACAUAUGCCAGCAUUCUCUCUGGUCCUAACUCGGUGACAGGGCUAUUGCCUACUAGCUCUCGUCAAUCUCCAACUGAAGUCAAUGAUGAUGACACAAUAAGUUUCUUCUGUGGUAACCCAUUAGUGGAAGUGACAAAAGGUGUCCUUCAUUUGUAUAAAGAUAAUGAAUUAAAAGACACAGAGGAAGCAAAGACAUUGUGCUUGUUAUCAGUGCCAGGAGCUCUGGGUGCACCUGAUCUAUUAGCAUUUGCAGCGGCCUGUCAGCAGGAUAUUGCACAUGUUAGAGUACUACGAGAUGGUUCACCAGAUCAUUAUAUGGCAUUACUUACUUUCCGUACUAGUGCAGCUGCUCAUGAAUUCCACUCAGCAUUCAAUGGAGUACCAUACAGUAGUCUGGAGCCGGCAGCUGUUUGCUAUACAGCCUGGGUGUCUCGGGUGGAGUUCUCCAGGGAUGGGGCUCCACCUCCAUCACACACAGAACUGCCUACUUGCCCUGUUUGUUUAGAACGUAUGGACGAGAGUGUGGCCGGAGUCCUGAGCGUGCAGUGUGCGCACUCGUUUCACGCAGAGUGCCUGAUGGGGUGGCGUGAUGCGCGAUGCCCCGUGUGUCGGUGUGCACAGACCCCGGAGCCCCGCGAGCGCGCGGUCUGCCUGCAGUGCGAGGCGGAGCACGUCACGCCGGCGACGGAAGGUGAGUCGACCGAGGUGCUGAGCGACACUGGGGGUGGCGUGGUUGAGGGGCUGUUGGAGGCAGAGGCUGGCGCGCUGUGGAUAUGUCUCAUCUGUGGACACGUGGGCUGCGGCCGAUAUGAGAAAGGUCACGCAGCGGCGCACUUCCUCCAGUCCAACCACACAUACGCCUUGCAGCUGGGCUCCAACAGAGUGUGGGACUACGCAGGUGAUAACUUCGUGCAUAGGCUGGUGCAGAAUAAAGCGGACGGUAAGCUGGUGGCGUCGGAGGCAGGUGGGGCGGGCACUGGUGGUGGUGAGGGGGAAGGGACUGCCGACAAGCUGGAGCUGACAUACCUGUUGACGCAUCAUCUUGACAGUCAGCGCUCGCAUUACGAGGACAAGCUUGCCAAGCUGCAGGCGGACAGCGAGCGCGAACGCGGGGAAUUGGUGGAGCGCGCCGAGCGGGCUGAGCGGGAGCAGGCUGCGCUAGCUGAGCGAGCGACUGCGCUCGCUGCCGAGAACCGCUCGCUGCAGGCCAAGAUGGCCCAUCUCACCGAGAAAGUGUCUCGGCUGACGCGCUCACUGGCAGAGGAGCGCGGACUGGGCGCGGCUCUGGCCGAGAGCCAGGCGCUGGCCCGCGAACGAUACGACGCGCAGGUGGCCGAGGUAGCCGAGCUCAGAGAGCAGCUUCGCGACGUGAUGUUCUUCGUGGAGGCGCGAGGGGCCCUCGCCUCCUCCCAAGCCGCCUCCGCCGACGAGAUCCGCGACGCCAGUGUGUCGCUUCCCGCGCCCAGCUCGCACGAGCCUCCGCAUGCCGCGACCCGUCAGCGACGCAGGCGCAAGCACUAGGCAGUCCCCUCCGAAGCGUUCAAACAGACCUUCACAUAGAUUCUAUAAGUACUUACGGAUUUUUGGAAAGGUCGUAUUUUUCAAAUCUUAACAAUUUAGAAUAGAAUAGAUAACACUAGAUAGAUUAUUAGCAAUAAAAAACUCUCACACAAAAACACAACAAUCUACAAUAUUAUACUAAAUUAAAUGAGGUAACAAAUAUUUAAAAUUUAUUGAAGGAGGCGGCGUUACUAUUGUGGAAAUCCAUAAUUUUACAAAUGAUUUGUGUUUUCUUUAGUGUUAAUUCCGCCAAUAUUUGUCUUUAAACAAUUCGACACGUGUUUCACCUCUACACGAGGCAUCAUCAGGACGUGUUGUCUCGCGAGUAUCUGAAAAAGUCUCAGAUAGUGCCAGAAUUAACACUAAAGAAAACUCAAAUCAUUUGUUUAAAAAAUAUUAUAAAAAUUUAAAAUAACUGUAUGCGCGUGAUUCUCUGCUAAAAUGAGCUGACUCAGUAUAUUGUUGGUCAGUGAAGAAGACACCAAGACAAAACUGGUUUUCAGCAGCCCAUCGUGAGAUUUGGAGUAAACAGUUUUAGUCUUCCUCUUGUAAUUAAUUUGUGUAAGUAUAUAAGGGAGUGACUGAAAAUUAUAUUUUGUUGAUACCGGCGUAUUUUUUUUAAAUUUAUAGUGUUAUAAAAUAAAAAUAAAUAAAUAAUUGUAAUAAUAAUAAAUAUUAAACCAUUGUAAUAUAAUCUGUACGUAACUGUAUAUAAUUAAUUAAGUUGGCAUUAGGUUCUAUAAAUGAGAUACCAGGUAACACUAAAAAUGUUUCGAAAAUGAAAAACGGCUUAAUGUAGAAAGUGGCCAAUACUUUUGUUUUUCGAAGUAAUCUCCGUUCCUCUCUACACAUCGUCGCAUUCGAUGGAACCACUGAGAAUAGCAGUGGGCCCAUUCUUAAUAAGGGGUCUCUUCUAUGGCAUUUUCGUACGCUUUAACCGCAUCUUCAGGCUUGUAAAGCGAAUACGACGAAUUUUAUCUUUGGUUCUUGGGAAUAAAUCAAAGUAGCAGGGCGCCAGGUCAGGACUGUAUGGCAGAUGACUCAUUAUCUCGACACCUGCCAUAGUCAAAUUGUGGGCGAUUGACUAAAACGUCCACAAAUUCUUUAUAAAUAUAUAAUUAGAUGGUUUACAACUUGUUAAUGUCUUUACAAAAGGUUAUAUUUUAGUAGAAAGGUACGUGCGCCUUGCGCCAGAAUUCUGUCGUAAUGGGCCGUAGUUGUGCACGAUAGGUGUCCGUAUUGCGCUGUCUCGCUCCGUCUUCACGUCAUUGACAACGGCGCGAUGUUCAAGCCUGAAUAUCCAUAUUCAACAGUCCGUUUUGCGGAGUGCGCUGAAGCAUUGUCGUGGUGAAGGAGGAUCCUGCUUCGAGGGCGCUGCUGUCGAAUUUUUUCCAAGACAAAAGGCAAACAGCGAUUGACAUACCAGUCUGCAAUAACUGUCCUUCCAUCUUCUAGCACAACUGUCGCGAAAUGACCUUUCCGACUAAAGAAUGAGGCAAUCAUCUAUUUUCCUUGACUUUUUCCUUUCUUUACCUUACUUGGCCGAUCCUCGAAAGGAAACACCCACUGAGCUGAUUGUCUUUUGGUUUCGGGUUCGUAGCAAUAUAUCCAGCUUUCAUCACCUGUGAUGAUGUCAAAUACAGCAUUUGAGUCCCCGCCGUUGAACGUAUCUAACAUCUGUCGACACCAGUCCAUGCGAAGGUGUUUCUGGUCGUCGGUUAAAGCAUGGGGAAUCCAUCUGGUACAAAGCUUCCUGACGCCUAAAUGUUCGUGUAAUAUUUUUUGAACUUUACUCAUAGCAUUGCCUAGGCUUGCCCAUAUCUGCUGAUAGGUCACUCUCUUAUCUUCCUCUACCAUGGCACGAGAUGGGGCUUCAUUAAGAAAUGCUAGUCGCAGCCUAUCAUAGCUUUGUUGUUGAGUAAGCCCACAACGAAAGUCAUAAUAAAUCACGGGCCGAAAAUUUUCUCGCGUUAGGUUCAUUUUCACGUGUAACAAGAGUUUUAGAUUUGCCGCCAAUUCACAAACACAAAUGACAAAAUAUGAAUGCACUACAUUAGGUUACCAAGGAGUUCUAAAAUUGAAAUUCAAAAAAAGUUUUCUUUAGUAAUGUUUCUAACUGGCCAGUUCUAAAUAUUUUCAGUGUUACCCACGUAUUAAUAUAUUGGUAAUUAUUAAAUACACAUAAUAAAAAUACAAAAUUGUGUUAAUUUGUAAGAUACAUUGCACAUCAAGGAUAAUUAUUAUGUAAUGAAUAUAAAAUAGCUUUUUUAUAUAUCAAUCUGAAAUUUUGAAUAUGUUUUAAGUGUCGAAUUGGUGGCGGUCAAUACCAAGAUUCGAAGAGUCUCGGGUUCGAGUCCCGCAUUGUUCAUAAAUUUUGGUUACAAAUUUAAUUUGUAUAAUUAAUACCAAAUGAGAGAUGUAACUUUGAAACAAAUUGUUUAGAUUUGAAAGCGCGACAUCUCAAGUCAAUUUCCUAAUAUGCAAUUAUUGGGGUUGUGCAGGUUAUCAACUGUAAAGUAGAUCCUGUAGAUGGAGCCACAGCUUGAAGGUCGUAUUUGUUUUUUUUCCUACUUUACUCCAAUAAAUGACGUGGUGGAGCUUUUAAACACUCUUCUAAUAUUUAAUUACAAUAUUCUUUCAAAUAUUCGUUCGUAGCAGUUAUGUCUCGUAUUUUAAGUAUUUAUUUAGUUCUAUGCCAAUUCAUUUAACUAGUCUGAACUUUAUCCUCAAUCUCGAGACUGGAGUGUACUGUAAUAAUAAUAUUAUGUAACUGUGAUACUAUUUUAUUAUAUCAUAAUAGGUUAAUGGCAUUCGUCUUAAGCAAAUAUUAAAGUUUUAUAUUGAUA